CACAAACAAGGUACAGAUAACUACUAAUUAUUAAGGAGGUACGUUAAACAAUUGUAGUUUAUUUACUAACGAUUUUUAUCCUAAGUAUUGACUAUUGGCUAUUAUACUGAAUGUAUAUAAGCAUGAUAAUGAUAAUAUGUAUUGGGUAACACUGAGGGAGGCAUUACAUAUAACAUGAAUAUAUGUUAUAGAACAGAAAGUCUUCUUAAUAAACGGAAUUUAAUGUUUUAUAUUAUUGAUUGCCUUUUUCCUAUUUUGUUAAAAUCGCCAGAUGGUUUAGAAAAAUCGCUGUAAUGAAAAUUACACUGUAAAUUUCUAGGUGAGUUAUCCAAAAAGUGCUAUCUAUAAAAAACGUCGACAGAUAAAAAACUACCUUGGUAAAAGUUUUACUAGCAUUUAAAUAAAUAAUUUUCAAAAUGUAGACAUUUCGAUGAAUUUCGAAAUAUUCUUUGGCUUAAGGAUGCUUAAAGACAGAUGAGGAUGCUUUCGCAAAGUCCUUCGUCUCUACUCAAAACGAAGGAAUUUCAGAGGAAGUACUUUACAAAAGACUAAGGAAUUUGCGAAAGUCAAUAUGUGAAAACCAAGGACUCGUUUUCCAACUUGCAAUGCGCCAUAUUUUACCGACCCAGGUCGGUAACGCUGAUCUAUAUAUAAUAUGUACUCGCUUUGCUGAUUAGCUGUUAAACCAAUCAGAGGGAACCUGAUAAAAGAACAUGUCAAUUAAAACGACACAUUUAGUGUUUCAUGAAAGUCUAAUUAACACUAGAAAUAGCGCAGUUUUGGCGCGAAACGCAAACGAAAAUACUGCAAGCGAGACAAGACUUGUUCAUCCUUCUACCAAACAACAGCUCAAACGGGCUUUUUGAUUUGGAUGAGUGAGGUGUGUAGGCCUCCAACAUUCCGUCUAUCUUCUCUUUGUAAUCGGUAUUUUCUUUCUUUGCUAUACGAAUAGCUUCGUUCAGAUUUUCCAUGAAUCGUUCAUAUUCACCGUUCGCUCGUGGAUGUCUCGGUGUGAUUCUGUGGUGGUAAAACUCCUUCUUCUCUGCAUAUUCACGAAAUUGGUGACCAUGAAAUGGUGGUUCGUUGUCAAUUUUGACUGUAUGCAGUUUUCCAAAGGUGGCAAAGAUUGAAUCCAGAACUGGCUUAACGUUUGCGAACGAUGUUGAAUUAUAGUAUCUGACGAUCGAAAUUUCUUUGAUCUUUGGUAAUCUUUCGGUCUUGUACGGCAAUACGAACUGAAGUGGAUUAAUUUUCCAAAGGAGUUCUUGCCAAUAGCUAGACAAGUCUCGUGUGAUAUGUCAUAUCCACAUCUGAGGACUUUCUGCGUGCAGUGUUUCGUAAAUCUUCUGUGUUCUUUUGUAUUGGAUUCUCGGUGUUUUUAAACGAAUACACCUUUUGCUUUGACGAUCUUCCGCGUGACUUUUCUAGUUUUCUGCAUAAGUGUAGCCUAUAUUCUGCAGGACGAUUCUGAUUUAAUUUUAAUUUAGAUUUCAUGUCAUCGGUUUGUGCUUUGAUAUAAUGCUUCAUCGUAGCAUGUUUCAAUGUUUCAUGAAUGUUUUUAAGUCCAAAUUUUUUGCCAGGGCUUCGUCCUGUAACUUCUCGUCAACGCAUGUCGAAAGCGAUCGGUCUAAUAUCAUUUCGUCAUCAUAGCCUUGGAGUUCACAAUCUUUAGCUAUAGGCAGGUGUCGUAAUUCGAUUUCAUAUUGUGCUAUCGUUUGACCCGCCUCCUUUCUUGCUUUCUUAAAUCGAAAGCGAGCAUGAAGCCGUAAUUUCUUAGAUAGGCCUAUGUGUGAACAAUCAGAUCUGUGUAUUCGUUUGCAUCGUUAUUGUACAGGUUCAAAUUUGACUUCCAUUACCGCUACCGCCAUUAAGGGACCAUUAACCCAUCAGAUACUUUGAUAUAUCCGAUUAACCAAUCAGAUACGUUUGAUACCCGAUUAACCAAUCAGAUGCGUACUAAGUAAUUGAGAGGAAGUGGUAGUGCAUGGAAGUCAAAUCUGAACCUCUCUAUUGUCUGUCUCAGGAGAGUUCUCGUCUAUAUAGAUGUUCGCCACGCCCACUAAUAAGCACAUUCUUUUAUCUUUCGGGUCUUUAAUGUUGAAAUCGUCCUAUUGUAGCUCGAUUUUCUCUUAGCAUGUCGUCUGUCGGAAAGAAUUAUUCGACUUUAAGGGCUUUCUUCAAUGGUUUUGGACGCAUCGUAAGAGAAAUUAUAUUGCGGCGCUUGUCUCGACUGAAUGAUUGAUUUCACACGCAACACCAACAGUUUUUCGUCCAAUGUAUUCUCGACAAAAUAUUAUGCUAGUUUACAUAAACUUUAGCUUUGAUUUUCUCGGCUAAGACACCGUUGAUUUUUAAAAUUACUUCGCCAAUGAACUAGACUCAUAAAAGGAGUCGUUUUUUAAGCCAUUUAAAACAUUCCCAGUCCGUCUUUAUCAGGUAUAAAACACUCGGCUGUCGCCUCGUCUCUCGUGUUUUAAAUAUAUUAAUUAUUUAACAAUUAUAACAUAGCAUUUGUAAAUUCUGAACGCUGAUUGGCUAAGAGCCGUGUUGAUAUAACUCAAUGUCAACACGGGAAAUUUUCCGCCGCUUGUCAACACGGAAAUUUUUCUUAUCCUUCGGGCUUUUGACAUUGCUAUAUUAUAAAAAAAAUAUAAAACAUUUUUUCCGUAUUGAUAUAUAGUUAUAUCAACACUCGUGGAAGUUGGGAAAACUCGAAAUUGUAUGAAAACACUCCGCCCUUCGGGCGUUGUGUUUCCAUUCAAUUUCUCGUUUUCCCAAUUCCACUCGUGUUGAUAUAACUGCAUAUCAACACGAAAAAUGUUUUAUAUUUGUUGAAUUUUACAUAUUCAAAUUCUAACUAACAAUACCGUUCAUGCAUAAUAUCGCACAACAAUUAACUCAAAGAAAAAGAAAUCCAAACGGCUGCACCGGCAUGCAAAAAUGAUACUAUAAUCCUCGAAGAAAUCUAUAAAUACUGCAGUAUAUAAUCUUGCCACUAUAUACUAUGUGCUAUGACUGCAGAUGAAGAGAGGGAGUAUAAUGAUAUAAUAUGUUUAAUGGGAAACAUUCUAUAUAUGGUUUAUCAAUAUUGUCAUUUUUCUUUUACUUCACUAGGAAAAUGUCUAAACUAUUCAUAUCAAUAGUUGGAAUUUUAGUAUUACUUUCUUUUUCUGCUAUCUCUGGCGAAAAUGAUAAGUUAAGCAAAGAUGUGACAGAUAUACUACAUGACAUAUUUGGUGAAUAUGUCCCUCAAAUCGGCGUUGACGAUGAAAUUGCCGGACUGCAAUUUUAUGGAGCUGCGAAACAGUCAUCGAACCAUGAAACUGGUGAGGAGACAGUACGCCUGGGUAAAAAUGUGGAAAAACCAAAUGAGAAAAGACAAACAAUUGAUUGGAGUCGGUCACAAACAGGGGUGAAGAAUGCCGGUAUUGCUGGAUCCUGCUGCACAGGAAUGUGGGGUCGAUCACUUCGCAAUACAAAAAAUGGUUCAUUUAGGAAAUCGUCUGUCAACGGUUUGGAAUCACCCAAAAGUGACAAGGAAAUUGCUUCUUCAGCAGGGUUAACAACCAUUUCAGGUCCUCCAAGUGAAAACAGACUGCCAGAAAGGAAGAAACCCGUUAGAAUGUUGAGAAAAUCUCUGCAACCAAAUAACCCAAGUCAGUACAGGAAAUUCAGUUCAAAAAAGCUAAACUAGUUAACGAACUCAUACUGAGAACAAAUGGAAUAGUAAUGUCUAACGAACUAAAAACAUUAUGUACUUAUAUUAUUUAGGAAAUAAAUAUAGCUAUAUUAGAGUGGAUGACAUAAAUAAUGAGACGUUAAAUAGAUGAAGAAUGAAAUAGUUACGUAAAAACUAUGUAAGUUUGAAAAAUCCAAAUAUAAGC